AUGCGCCCUGAGGACGGUCUUGGGCUGCGCAUGCGCUUUCCGGAUGGGGCUGGGUCCGCGCGUGCGCGGUGGGGGAUUGGAGUGGGGCCGCGCGUGCGCAGUGGCAAAUGGCGUGCGUUGCGCAUGCGCGGUGUGUCAAUAGCGCGGAACGGCGCAUGCGCGGCGGGGAUGGAGCGGGCCCGCGCAUGCGCGGUGGCGAUGGCGCGGGGAGGCGCAGGCCCAGCCGUCAUGGCCGCCGAUGGCGCAGCGCCGCCUGGUUUUCUCUCAGCCCGGGCGCCGCCGCCGAGGGAUUUGGAGCUCCCGGAGGCGUUUUUCUCUCUUUCUCCCCGUCUCCGACGGCGCUUCCUCGGCGAUCCGGCGCCCCCCUCCCCCGUGGUGCCUCCUCCCUCCUCCCCCCAGACCAGCAGCUUGAACCAUGGGCAAGGGGGACCCCAAAAACCUCGGGGGAAGAUGUCGUCGUAUGCCUUCUUCGUGCAGACCUGCCGGGAGGAACACAAGAAGAAGCAUCCAGACGCCUCGGUCAACUUUUCAGAGUUCUCCAAGAAAUGCUCGGAGAGGUGGAAGACCAUGUCCGCCAAGGAGAAGGGGAAGUUUGAGGACAUGGCCAAGGCCGACAAGGCCCGCUACGAGCGGGAGAUGAAGUCCUACAUCCCCCCCAAGGGCGAACCCAAGAAGAAGUUCAAGGACCCCAACGCCCCCAAGAGGCCCCCCUCGGCCUUCUUCCUCUUCUGCUCCGAGUACCGCCCCAAGAUCAAGGGCGAGCACCCGGGCCUGUCCAUCGGCGACGUGGCCAAGAAGCUGGGGGAGAUGUGGAACAACACAGCCGCCGACGACAAGCAGCCGUACGAGAAGAAGGCGGCCAAGCUGAAGGAGAAGUACGAGAAGGACAUCGCCGCCUACAGAGCUAAAGGCAAGCCGGACGCCGCCAAGAAGGGGGUCGUGAAGGCCGAGAAGAGCAAGAAGAAGAAGGAGGAGGAGGACGACGAAGAGGAGGAGGAGGACGAGGAGGAAGAAGAGGAGGAGGAGGACGAGGAGGAGGAGGAGGACGACGAUGACGAAUAAUAAGUCGGUUCCGGCGCAGUUUUCAUUCUCGUUUUAUUAAUUUUUGGUUUUCGUUGUUUUCGGGUUUUUUUUUUUUUUGUUCUGUUUUACUUUUUUUUUUUUCCUCUCGUCUAUAAAAGCAUUUAACCCCCCCUUGUACACAGCUCACUUCACUCCUUUGAAAGAAAGACAAAAAAGACAAACAAACAAACAAACAAACAAAAAAUCGGGAACGUCCAGGCCACGUAAGAAAGAUUCGUUUUUAACCAAU